AUUGUGAAAUUUUCACAAAUAAUUCCAACCGCAUAACACGUUUUGUACAUUCUACGGUCGCCUCUUAUGCCGCAAGACGAUGUGUGUAAUUGUUUAACAGUUUGUUCUUCCACCAUUGAUAUCGAAGGACAUUUUAUCCUAAGCCCCACCAGCAAAUAGUGAAAAUCUCGACAUUUUAUCUGAGUAUGUACCUACUCCAUGUGUGGUACGUUACUAUGUGCCACAAUGUUCUCACCAACACUUUGCCAUAUUAUCGUAAGACAUUACUUCAUGUAUUCCUUCAAGCCUGUAUAAUCAGUGCGUAAACUGGUCUAAAUUUCAGUGUCAUAGCAAAAAAACAACCUGGGUUUUCAAGUAAAUAAAGCAAAUCAUGGAAAUUACUACCUGACCAAAUCAUUAUGGUUUCGUUAGUAUUCCUUCUUGUAAUGAUAGCUUCAUCAUUAAAACCAGGCGUGGAAAUUGAUGGUCUCCUCUCUCGAUUGCACUUCUCAAGCAUCAAACUAGCCAGUAAUCAACAUGUCUGUAGAUACAUAAUGGAAUGCUUCCGACUCCUUUACACGUCUCCCCAUUAGUUUAGUUAGGCAAUGAAACUGUUGAACAUUGUCAAUUCCUUCAGGCAUCCUUCAGGUACGUUUAAAGCUACGUCUCCCACGAUCUCACCACGCAUUUGAGCUCAGAUUCCCACAAAGUAAAAAGCAAGCGACUUUCCUUCAUCGCGUCUGAAAUACACUUGCAGGUAUUUGCAUAUUUCCGAAUUCAUCUUAUUUACAUAUAUGGCUUUGGACAUUGCAAGUGCGACCGGGGAAGGCAGGGACACUGUUCUCAAAGGAACAUUCAGCUUUCUCGACCUUCUCAACGGACCUACGCCCCUGUCCCCACAAAAUAUGGGAUGGUCACAGGACGGUGAAGGCGGAGGCGAAAACAACCCAACUGCCCCAGAAAAUUUUACAUUUCUCUUGUGUCCUCCACCUCCAGGAAGCCCUUCUGGAUAUUCUGGUGUCACAUCGAGUGCAAGUCCUGCUGCUGGAGAUGACAAUAAUGGAUCACGAAGAAACAGCAAUACCUUUAGUGACACCACAAACAGCUCGUCAAUGUCCAUGCCAGACCUUCACGUGUGGGGAAUCGGAGAAGAGAGUGACAGACAAGAAUGUGAAGAAAGGCCACUCUUCGCUUUCAAAAUCCCGAUCAGCCUCAAAACUCUCAAAGCUGGUCGACCGUGGGAGUGACAAAUAUAAAGUGAGGAGAGAACGAAACAACAUUUCCGUGAGGAAAAGCCGAGCUAAAACCAAGUCCAAAAUCAAAAAGAUUGAAGAACACGUUGUGCGUUUAGAGCAAGAGAACAAACAUUUGAAACUAAAAAUGGUCAAGGUUCGCAAGUUCUUGAGCGAGUUCGAGUCCUCUUUCUUCUCUUGGAGAAAUGUUUUGAGGGAAAUUGAGGAAGAGCUUAGUUCCUCGGUUAUUAUGGGUUGAAUGUGAAGAAGCCAUAUUAAGAUUUUUUUACAUAUUUUUUGUGUUCAUUAUGAUUAACUGUAAUUAUUUCUAACUUAUGGAAUUGUUUAUAAAAUAUAAAGUAAAGACUUGAUAAAAGCUGAGCCAAAUUUUGAAAAUCAAUUGUCAUGUCGAGACAAAUAUUUUACAAAAGUGUAUACUUAUUCAGCAUUAAUUUCGAGCAUAAUGAAUCAAUAUCCAGUGUGAAAGAUUCCAAAAAUUCCCAACCAAUUUUAAAACUCGGUUGGAUCCAAGACAAAAAAUUUGUUGGCAAAAAUGUACUUGAAUUUGACUUCACAUUAUUUUGGCCUCUUUGUCACUGAAUAAAUUCGUAAAUUACAUAUAUUUAUAUUAAUGCAAACUUGUGCACAUUCAGCCUAAUUUAAUAGAACUUGGCAACAUUGAGCACACGGACCUCUGCAUUUCAAGAUUUACCUACAUCCUUCGAUACAAAUUAUUUUUAUGCAGCUUAUGACUUGAGUUUGUAAAAGUAAAAGUAUGCAAUAAUACUUUAAAGCUAAAUGACUAUCAGCAAAAACCUUCAAGGAUAGCAAAAUUAUAAAAUUACUUAAGAAAUCGUGCUAUAAUGGACCGGUUUUUAAUGGCUGAAUGAAGUUAUGGCUUCAAUUGAUAUCCGAAUGAUAUAUUUUCUUUUUAUUUGCAUAUAUUGGGUAAUUAAUGGCUGGAGAUUUUUUACUAGCUGAUAAAUGUAGGAAUUAUGAGAAUAAAGUAAUUGAAAUAUUUACUGUAAACAUUCGUAAAUUAAUUACUUGUCGUUUAUUUUUAGGAAAUUUCCCAAAUAAUUUUUAGAGAACGCAAAUACAUUUAAACGCUGUGAGGAAAUUAAUUAUUUUUUUAGAGAUUUUAAUAUUCCUGAACAUUUGUUAGAAAAAAAA